AUGUCCGAGUGGAUUUCGACAUUUCCCGGUUACACACUGGUGGUAUCCCGUGUGAAAAAGACCGUCGGCAGCAUUAUCAGAACCGGCCCAACCCCUCGCCAUGUAGGUGUCAUUAUGGAUGGUAACCGAAGAUACGCCAAAAACCACAAAAUCGAGCUCAAAGAGGGCCACAACUUGGGCUUCGACUCCAUGGCAAAUAUCCUCGAGCUUCUAUACGAAUCUGGUGUCGAAUGUGCCACAGUUUACGCCUUUUCCAUCGAGAAUUUCAAAAGGCUGCGUUAUGAGGUUGAGUGGUUGAUGGACUUGGCCAGGUCCAAGUUCCAGCAAAUAAGCCAACAGGGUGAGCUCUGUGAGAAGUACGGCAUCAAAAUCAAAAUCUUGGGUAACGUUGCUCUAUUGCCGCAAGACGUUCAAAAGAUAUUAGCAGAAACGGAAGAAAUCACGAAAGACAACACCCGAGCAGUCUUGAACGUUUGCUUCCCGUACACCUCGAGAGACGAAAUGACUAAUUCGGUGAAGAAGAUCGUUACCCAGGCGGUCAAGGAUACCUCAGUUUUCAUCGAUGAGUCUACCAUCGACGACUUCUUGUACACUUCUGAGUCUCCUCCGUUGGAUAUCUUGGUCCGCACAAGUGGAACCUACAGGCUAUCGGACUUUUUAUUGUGGCAAGCGGUGCCCUCAUCGUGUGCCGUCAUGUUCAGCAAUAAGUUAUGGCCCGACUUUACUGCUUGGGACAUGAUUAAGAUGCUACUCACGUGGAGCUUCAAUGUCUACUGGUACGGAAGCGGUAACGGCAACCCAAGCUCUUCAUCCAUGAAGCAAGAACUCACAUCAGAAUCACACGCCAAGGCGGAGAUUGAGCUUUCUCCUCUGCCUGGCUUGUCUUCCUCCACAACUGCAUACGAGCGCUUCCAGGACAACUCCAGCGAUAGCGAUCGUGACUCGCUAGUGAAGUCGGAUAUUGAGGACAAUACUUCCAAUCUGUCGAUGACUUCAGUCGGUAGAUUAUAUGAAAAAUGUUGCAACUUCCUUGCUGGUGCUGACAUCCACUUUAGACGCUCCAACAGAUUGGAUAUUGCCCUUUCGACCAAUUUGCCCAUCGCUCUUAUCUUCCUUCCGGCCGCUGAUAUUCCUACUUUCGUCGGCGAAGGUAAAUGUGACUUGGGAAUCACAGGCUUGGAUCAGGUCAAGGAAGCUGAUAUGUUGAAGUCUGUGGAGCUUUUGUUGGAUUUGCAAUUCGGCAAGUGUAAGUUACAGGUCCAGGUUCCCGAGAUUGGAUCCUACGAUGAGCCUGAGCAGUUGCUUGGAAAGAAGAUCGUCACAUCAUUCACAAGGCUAGCUAGUAAUUACUUCGCCGAGAUCGAGAAGGUCCAUGGCAUGGAAGAAGGAAGCACGAAAAUUACCUACGUCGGUGGUUCCGUGGAAGCAUCUUGUGCAUUGGGUGUCGGUGAUGCCAUCGUUGACUUGGUGGAGUCCGGAGAGACGAUGAAGGCCGCUGGUUUGAAACCUAUCGCUACUGUCUUGGAUACCUCGGCUCACUUGAUUGUGUCUAGAAAGCCCCGUUUCCCUGACUUAGUGAAAAUCAUUCACCAAAGAUUCGAAGGUAUCUUGGCUGCUCAAAGAUUUGUCUUGUGUACCUACAAUGCUCCAAGAUCCAUCGUUCCUGAGGUUUUGAAAAUUACUCCAGGCAGAAGAGCUGCUACUAUCUCAGCUUUGGAGAACCGUGAGGAGACGGAUGAGCCAUGGGUUGCAAUUUCGUCCAUGGUCGAAAAAGCUAGAAUCAGUGAUGUUAUGGACGAUUUGAAAAAAUGUGGUGGUACUGAUAUCUUGGUAUUUGAUAUCAACAACUGCAGAGUAUAG